AUGGGCGGUCUACUGUCCCAAACCCGAGAUAGCUACUUUGCAGGAAGGACAAGAGUGCGAAAGAGAUUGGUUGGUGCCACAGCUGGCUGGCUUGUCGACAAGGACCUGACUGAGACGGAGCCCGGGCUCGACUCGACUCGACUUGUUUGGCUCGCCCUUGCGCCGCUCCGAAGAGCAAGCAGCGCGCAGGUUUUCUUGGUGCGGGUUGCCAAGUAG